GUGUAGUCUCCACGUCGGAGCGCCGAGCUUCAGUGACCGCUCACUAUGACAACGAAGCACCGGCGGCGGCCGAGAGUGACCGGAGAGAACGGGGAGGCGGCGGGGCCUAGCCGAGGAGCUCAGGGAGGGAAGCCUAGCUUUAAGAGGAGCCGUACAUCUGGAAGGUCAUGGAGAAGUCCUCUGCUGUGGGGCGUCUUUGCUGUGAUCGUGGCCGUUUCCGGUAUCUUCCUUUUUUGGGGUUACCCCGGUGGAGAGGUGAUGGAGGUCCUGGCUUCUCAGCAGGAGACCCUUCAGCAUAAAUUCUACGCGGUGCCCUGCUCCCAGGAUUACGGCAACCACAAGCAGUUUACAGGGUGCACCCCGCUGAAAUGUGGGCGAGCGGUGACCGACGCGGUGAUAACCCAAGAGGAGGCCAGGAGGCUGCUGAGGAUAGCUGAGGCGGGAUUGUCCCUCGGAGGCUCUGACGGAGGGGCGUCGAUUCUAGACCUGCACUCAGGAGCGCUGUCAAUGGGGAGGAAUUUUGUAAAUAUGUAUCGGUAUUAUGGAGAGCAGAUGAAAGAGAUUGUGACCGAGGAGGAUUUUCAGCUGUAUCGUAACGUGCGGCGCAGAAUCCAGCAGGAGAUCACCAGAACGUUCGAUCUCGACGCCGCCUCUUUGUAUCUGACCAAACCCACCUUCUUCUCCCGGAUGAACAGCUCCGAAGCCAAAACCACACAUGACGAAUACUGGCACCCACACAUCGACAAGGUCACCUAUGGAUCUUUUGACUACACGUCCUUGCUCUAUUUGUCUGACUACUCCAAAGACUUUGGCGGUGGAAGGUUCAUAUUCAUUGAUGAAAAGACGAACAGCACAGUGGAGCCCAGACUCGGUCGCUUGUCCUUCUUCACGUCUGGAUCAGAGAAUUUACAUCGAGUGGAGAAAGUGAACUGGGGCACCAGAUACGCCAUAACCAUCUCAUUCACCUGCAACCCUGACCACAGUAUUGUGGACCCAACCUGGACGUAAAACUGGAUCCAGAAACCAAAGAGCCAGGCGGGAAUGUUCCACUGCACCCUAGACCUGGGGACAGAAUCUCAGAUGAAUGUACCAAUUGAUGGAGGGUCAUGUAUCCCAUGUUCUUGGCCUAAUAUGGACAUUACUAAAGUGAUAAACACUGCCCUAUGGAUGUUUCAAUGUAACAAAGUCCCCGAAUAGAUCCGUACAGCAUUGGAUAGGACCCAACAUUAACUUGUGGUCAUAAAGAUGAUUCUUCUCAGCCACAGUAAUGCUUUUGUUGAUCUAAUUAAUAUUGGACAGAAUCAAUAGAAACUGAGUCUAAUUGUUU